AUGCUAUCAAAUCGUAAAAGACGGAGCAACGCAGCAUCCGAGACCGAGUCAACCCCAAGCGCUCGUCGGCGCAGAAGACAAAGCGAAGAACCCGACUCAUCAUCCGCACCAGACAGCGACGAUGAUGGACCAAGCGCACCAACCAGCACCGAUGCAAUGGUGAAAAAAAUGGUACGACUCGCCAUAGCGAGCGAGUACUCGCGACUCCCGAUCCGGCGCAACGACAUCAGCGCCAAAGUACUGGGCGAGCAGGGCUCGCGACAGUUCAAACUAGUCUUUGAUCAAGCGCAGCGGGAAAUGAGGCAGCGCUUUGGUAUGGAGAUGACCGAGUUACCGGCGCGAGAGAAAGUCACCAUUACCCAACGACGAGCUGCACAAAAAACCGAAAAACCUUCCUCGGCUAAUAAGUCCUGGAUCGUUACCAGUACCUUGCCGCUCCCAUACCGUUCCUCCGAUAUCCUCAUUCCAACCAAAGCACCCUCCCUCUACACUGAAAGCACAUACACGGGCCUGUACAGCUUCAUCAUCGCGGUGAUUAUGCUGAAUGGCGGUUCGUUGGCUGAACAGAAACUUGACCGGUACCUGGCGCGCACAAACGCGGAGGUUGCUACGCCGGUGGAUCGUACCGACAAGCUACUACAGCGGCUAUGUAAGGAAGGGUACAUUAUAAAGACACGGGAAAUGGAUGGGGGUGAGGAGGUGGUUGAGUAUGUCCUUGGACCGCGAGGCAAAAUUGAGGUUGGAACGAGUGGUGUGGCGGGUCUGGUGCGAACUGUCUACGGGAAAGACGUGGGUGACCAUGCGGGCUUGACUCAACUGCAGAGGGAAGAUCUCGAGGACUUUGAGGGGAAGCUUGGAAGAAGUCUUGGGGUUGACCCGGUACCCAUACGAGCCGGUGGGUUGGAUAGUGCUAGCGAUGUGGAUGGGAACGGAGAGGGACGUGAGGCGCCGCAGAGCUCGGAGCCUCGACGGUCUUCGAGGCAUGGUCCUACCCAGGAAGAGGAGGAAGAUUCUGGUUCUGGAGAGUACGAGGAGUGA